ACCAUUGAACAAGGAAGCGAUUCUGCAGCCCUCAUGGAACAUAACCAGACCACACUGUGUUUUUAACUUAAACCUUCUCUUGUACAAAGUGCACCUCUCAUCCUGACUAAAGAUCACAUCCCAAACUGUGCCGAUCAUGGACUGAAUAACUUCCAGUAGCUCGCACCGUCCUCAAGUGAAUCUGAGGUGAUUGGUUAACUUCCACCAAUCGUGGCUGCUCCAGGUGAUGGCGUCGUUCUCCUCGUAUGUCAAGAGGUCAGCGCUGCUCCACAGAUGCUCUGUCUCCUCUCGCAGGGAGAAGAUGAUAUACAGGAUCCUGCUGCUCAUCAACCUGACCUCCAGUGUCUGUGGAACAUUUGUAGUCAAUGUGACACAGACCUCCUAUCAGGCAGAGGAGAACCACAACAUCACACUGGAGUGGAUGUUCACCACCAAACCUGGCAGCUCCCUCCACUCCCUUUAUAUCUACUGUGAACUGAAAACUGAUCUCAGACCAUCAGGUCUGUUUCGUCUACAUGAAGGUGUUGAGGUCCCAGAGUCUCAGGAUGAACAGUUUACAGGACGAGUCCAGUGUGACAAAGACGUCCUCAGAGAGGGACGACUCAGACUUCAUGUGUCCAGACUCAGGACUGAUGACUCAGGACUGUACAUGUGUCAAGUGGACACACGUUAUGGCGGCAGCACUGCUACAUGUCGGCUCACUGUCACUGAGCCAAAGUCAGCUAAGACAACAGAAACACCACUGCAAUCCAUCAGUCUACAAACGCCUGAUCCAACGGAAGACAAAGAUGUUAAAAGUGGGCUGUCCAGUCAGAGUAGAGUGAUCCUAAUUGUGGUUUUCUGCAUCUUGCUGACGAUCCUCGUUGUUGGAGGAGUCACAGGAUAUUUGAUACACAAGUAUCGAAAACGGGAGCGUAUGAAAGGACCUGUAGUCUAAGUGGUUUCCCUAAGACUACAUUGGUGGUUCAUAGAGAUGAGAACACUACACACCUAUCUAGCCUGGACUUUUCCCCGUUAUUUUGAGGAGUCAGAUCCGUCCAGACACAGUUUAUAUAUAAUGUUCCUUUAAAGAGGUUCUAUAGUAUGUUGCACUGAUGCCCUUUUUUAGCAUCAGCUGUGUUAGCACUGACACUGGAUUGCUUCUGUAAAACGUUGAUGUAAUUUGAAUUUUGUCUCCAGAUAGCUUUGCAUGUGACGGUUGGACACACAGAAACAUUUCAUCUCUCUUUGCAUGACUUUGCAUUGCAAAAUGCACACCUACAGCUAGAACUACAACUAAAACUAGAAGGCCUGUAUUGUCAUUGCAUAGGAAUACAACAAAAUUAGUUGUGACACUCAAGUGAUGCAUUCCAACAAAGAACACGAAACAAAAGACACAGGACAUCUGAGCCAAAAGCUGCUGCACAAGUGUGUGCCGCAGUAUAGUUAUCUAUGUUAUACUUGAGUCCAAAAAACGUAGUUGGUAGAAUAAAUGUUAGCAUUGUGUGUUUCUGCAAACCACUGGUACGUAACAUUUGUACGUUUAGUAUGUAGUGGAUAGGUUGAAACUUCACUUUUCUUUAUGUUUCAACAAUGAGGUGGUUAACUCGUGGUUAUAUUUAACCACUUGGUUAUGGUUAGGAAAAGAUCAUGUUUUGGCUUAAAAUAUCUAAUUUUGUCAUCACAACUAGUGCUGGAAAUGCACUGAUUUUUUGCCAAAAAACACCCAGUUUUGGUGCCACAAUCAAAAUUAAAAAUGCCCCCAUGUCUCACUAAAAAACGUGGUUUUUGGUGCCACAAUCGGGGCUGGAAAUGCCAAGAUGUCUCGUUAAAAAAACAUGGCUCUGGUGUCACAGUCGCAGCUGGAAAUAACCAGUUGUCUUGUUAAAAAAUACCAGGUUUAAGUGCUGCAAUAGCAGCUGGAAAUGCUCUGAUGUCUCAUUAAAACGUAGCUUUGUUGCCUCAGUUGUGGCUGGAAAUGCUGGCAAAGUCCCCCUAAGAAACACCUGGUUUGGUGUCAAUCACAGCUGGAAAUGCCCUGAUGUCUCGUUAAAAAACAUGGUGUUGGUGCCACAAUUGUGGCUGGAAAUGCUCUGAUGUCUCAUUAAAACGUAGCUUUGUUGCCUCAGUUGUGGCUGGAAAUGCCAGCAAAGUCCCCCCUAAGAGACACCUGGUUUGGUGCUGCAAAAUACCAUAAUGUUUUGCUAAAAAAACAAAUGUUCUUGUUUUUUUGUUGGUCUCGAGCGGUGGUUGGUAGCCAUCUCACCUAGGCAGCACUCCAUCCAUCACCCCCUACACCUCCCAAUGACAAAGUUGGCACAUAUACUCAGUCACUUUAGAAAAGCUGACAUGAUAAGUAAGAAACUUACAAACGUGUCUGUGGUUUGCAGAAAUGUACAAUGCCAACAUUUUCCUCCGGCGAGUGAGCCGAGCUUAAAUGCACUUUAAACUCUGGAGCUCUCUGUGAGCUGUGAAGAGACGCAGGUCACUGGGAGGUUAUGCAGCAGCCAUCAAGUACAACAUAAAUGAUGUAAGUAGUUAUUUUAAGCCGGUUCUUUCUUAUGAUGUUUAGUCUGUUUUUCUACAUCUACAGCUCAUAGACACAGAAGAGUUCUAGGCCCUGAUUUUUCAUCUAGAUACCAAAAAGUAGAACCUCUAAGAACUUUUUUGGACACAUCACAGUGGUGUUAAGCUCAAGGUGAUUUAUAGGCGGAUAGUGCCUGAAAAAAUAGAAUUCAGUGGCACAUUUUUGGCGUUAUUUUUCUGAGUCAUUAUUUGGUUUAAAUGUUUACUGCUGGGAGAUUUAGGUCAGUUUUUUUUUAAAUGGACUGAACAUGUGCAUACUUUAUAGAUAUAUUUCACCUCAGCCCAGAAGCAUGAGACCAUAUAUUGGGAAAGCACCUGCAGUUACCUGGUAAUGAGUCAGAGGUAAUUUUACUUUUAUGUGGAAGAUGCUGUUCAUCAGGGGAAUUUUCUGUGCUUUUUAAAUCCCCUCUCUUGUUUUUAUUUCAUUUAAUUGUCUUGUGAUUUAGAUUUAUGUACAUGUGUUUUGUAUGUGUGUGGCGCGGAGGGGCUUCAACUUAUAUUUCAUUGUGCGAUUCUUUGUUGUCAAAUGGGAAAAAAAUUACAGUGUAACUGUGACCAUAAAAAUGCCUUCAGUAUUCUGUUGAUGUUAUUUGCUAUAUUCUAUUUUAAAUGUUCCAAUAAAAUCUGGUCUUUAUAUUGGUAAGCGCUGCUCUUGUUGUGAUAUCACUGAUUGAACUACCUCUUAUUAAAUUUGCACUUUAAAUCCGUU